AUGCCAAACACUUUAGAUAAAUCAUUUUUGAGUCGGUCUGUGUGGAAAGCAGACUUGUUUAAGGGGAAGGUUGUUUUUGUGACAGGGGGCGCGGGAACUAUCUGUAGAGUGCAGGUGGAGGCGAUGGUGUUGCUUGGGGCGAAGGCGGCUAUUCUCGGUAGGAAUCUAGAAAAGACGGAGAAGGCUGCGCAGGAAAUCGGGCAGUUGAGCGAUGAGGCCGGCAGCGUGCUUGGUAUAGGGCAGAUCGAUGUGCGUAACGUGGGGGAUUUGAAGAAGGCGGUGGAGAGGACGGUGCAGGAGUUUGGCAGGAUCGAUUAUGUAAUUGCAGGUGCUGCUGGGAAUUUUAUUGCCGAUAUUACGAACUUAUCCGCCAAGGCGUUCCAGUCUGUGGUGGCGAUUGAUUUGUUAGGUAGUUACAAUACUGUGAAGGCGGCUUUACCGGAGUUAGCGAAGACCAAAGGAUCGAUAUUGUUUGUGUCCGCGACGUUGCAUUACACAGGAACACCUUUCCAGGCACAUGUUUCGGCGGCUAAAGCGGGAGUUGAUGCGUUGUCCAAUGUUUUGGCGGUGGAGCUUGGGCCGCUGGGGAUACGGUGCAACUGUGUUGCUCCUGGGGCUAUUGCGAAUACGGAGGGGAUGUCGCGGUUGUCGAAUGGAGUUUCGUUGAAGGAUGUGGAGGCCAAGGUUCCGUUGCAACGGUCGGGGACGACUGAGGAUAUUGCGCAUGCUACUAUUUAUUUGUUUUCGCCCGCGGCAUCCUAUGUGACCGGUCACGUGCAGGUUGUUGAUGGAGGGGCAUGGCACCUUGGAAAUUUGAUGGGGACGGCAGGUUAUCCAUUGUUGUUGAAGAAACAACAGAAGAUUGGUGCGAAGUUGUAG